AUGGACCCUUGCGUGGAUAUGUUCCGUGCGACCAUGUUUCCCGCGGCUGCCUUCGAGCCGGAACUUUUUCCUGAACGGAACUCAAACGACAUAAGUCUCCCUUGGCUUAAAUCUGUCCUGAAUCCAAAGAAUCGAAUCGACAGCCUCGAUGUCGGUCAGGACACGAAGUGGAGCAUUGACGGAUGCGGAGCAGAUGGGACCCGCCUCUUCGCCAUCCCGCACUUCGCAAGAUCGAAGGGGCCACUACGAAUCGACCUCUAUAUCCCAGAGCAGAAAUAUUAUCGAGAAGGGGAGCGUUUGGUAGAUCUUCCCAUCUGCCGGCAUCUGGUGCGUGUUCUCGACGUUUGGUCCGCCAACCAGCCAAAUUUCGAGAAACUCUAUAUGGAAAUGCCCUUUGGAUCAUUCAUUGUUAUAGACCGAAUGUCUGUUGACAUAAGAGAGAUGACCAUCCAUCUCGUUCCAGUGUACGAUGUCGAGCUGCAAUGGCUCUCCGUCCCUAAACUCCAAGGGAAAUGGAACAUCCCAUCUUCGAGAUGGCUUGAGACCAUCGAUAUAUCUCAACUUAAAACUCUGGCACAGCUCCGGGAGACUAUCACCCUCGUCCGCCUUAGCUGCAAACCUUCUUCCGACACCUUCGUAUUCAAAUCCACGACAGAUGAAGUACGAUUCCUUUACGACGAGCUAAGAGCAUUGCUAGAGAUGGAGGCACAUCCAAACGUCAUUUCAAAACCAUUAUAUAUCGUGACAAAGAAGUGUGCUUUCGGCGGCAAGGUUGGAGUUUGUGGCUUUAUCGUAGAGUAUCAUCCAGCGGGCACACUGCGCGAUGUCCUCUGGCGAACCCACGGCAGCGAGGCACUUUCUCUGCAGGAUCGAAUGAGAUGGGCCAAACAAUUGGUUUCCGCAUUGCAGCAUAUCAAUAAGAGCGAAUUUAGCUUUUACUCUGAUCUCAAACCGACAAAUAUCCUGAUGGUGGCCUCGAACGAGCUGCGAAAUAUGAAUAUCCUCCUCAUCGAUUUUGAGCAGCGUUGCAGUUGGUACUCAUGGUCUCCUCCAGAGAUUUAUUAUAUCGAGUAUAUUCAAUACCUUACUAGAGAAAGACCCGAAGUCCUGGAUCAGGAAUUCAAAUCUAUGCUGGAUGACUAUUUGGCGAUCUUGGGACAACCUCCUUCUGUAGUAGAUGAGAGAAGGCAUUAUUCCAAUCAUAGAUUGCCAUGGCUCAUUCUAAAACCGCCGGAACAAGAACGAGCGCAAGUUUUCAUGCUUGGUAAAAUCCUUUGGUGUCUCUUUGAGGGCGUUGGUUCCGUUAAUAGUGUUCUAACCGCCGAGACGUUCAGAGAGCCAGAGUGGGAUCAAAGUUUUCCAGAGUUUCGCAGAACCCCGGGUUAUCUGAGAUCUCUUAUUAGAAGAUGUACAGCUGGGGCCAUGGAGUGGCGAGGAAUGUUUCCGCUUGUCAUUAGGAGGGGGAUGAAAUUGUUUCCGAAAGGUCGUACAGGAAGUUGUGAGGUUGGGGAAGCGGUACGAUUUAUUGAGGCAGGCCAAAGGAAAGCCGCUGGCAUCGCAAAUACCCAGGACCUUGCUAUUCUGGCUUUUCUUGAGGAGCGUCCAUAUCUGCAGGAGAUCGUGACAGCUCUAUUAGAAAUAGAAGAUGCGGUUCUGUAG